CGACGGUUUCAGCGUCUCCCUCCUGGUUUGGUGAUGCCUGCUGGAAGCCAUGAUGGAGGAGUUUAAAGAUCUGGAGCGAACCUACAGUGGAACCAGUAGAGACGCUGCAGCUCCUCCACGCCCACCACACAGGAAGUGAUGUCACUGUGCUGCUGGUAGCAUCUGCAGCUCAGGAUGCAGCUCCUGGUGGUGAAGCUGCUGGGCCUUCUGGGCCUGUCCGCGCUGAUACUGGCCGGCAUCCUGGUGCCGGUGCGCCUCCUGCUGGCCGACAGUGAGAAGGCGGGACGCUACCACCGGGGCCUGGCGCUUGGUAACUGCUUCGGAGGAGGCGUGUUCCUGGCAACGUGCUUCAACGCUCUACUGCCGGCCGUCAGAGACAAGGCGGCCGGCGUGCUGCAGCAGCUGCAGGUCAGCAGCGACUACCCGCUGGCGGAGACCAUGAUGAUGGUGGGCUUCUUCAUCACGCUGUUUGUGGAGCAGACCGUCCUGACCUUCAGGAAGGAGAAGCCGUCCUUCAUCGCCCUGGAGACGUUCAACGCCGGCGGCUCGGAAGCCGGCAGCGACUCGGAGUAUGACGCCCCCUUCCUGGGCGGCGGCCAUCGCCACGGACACUUUGGUCGGGGCCAGCUUGGGGCGGCGGGGCCUCUCCGGCUGGCCGGCCUGGUUCUGGCGCUGUCGGCCCACUCGCUGUUCGAAGGCGUGGCGCUGGGCCUGCAGGAGGACGGCGCCAAGCUGGGCGGCCUGCUGCUGGGCGUGGCCGUCCACGAGACGCUGGCCGCCGCCGCGCUGGGCAUCAGCCUGGCCAAGGCGGCGCUCGGCAUGAAAGACGCCGCCAAGCUGGCCGCUGCCGUCGCCAUGACGAUCCCACUGGGCGCGGCGGCGGGGAUGGGCGUUGAGGCGGCGCGGACGCUGGCGGCAGGCGUGGCGUCGCUGCUGCUGCAGGGCCUCGCCGCCGGGACCUUCCUCUUCGUCACCUUCAUGGAGGUCCUGAGUCCGGAGCUGGAGCAGAGGAACGACCGCCUGCUCAAGGUGCUCUGCCUCGUCCUGGGAUACGCCGCGCUCGCCGCGCUGCUGCUCAUCAGGUGGUGACGGCAGGGGCGGGGCCCACGGGGCGGGGCCUGAAGGGCGGGGCCCACGGGGCGGGGCCUGAAGGGCAGGGCGGGGGCCCUCUGCUCUCUCCAACCGCCACAGAGAGCAAGAACUACAACUUGAAUAAGAGACCUAAUGAGGGAACCCCUAUCCCUGACCUUUGACCCCUGACCGUACAACCUGCAGGUAUUGAUGGCGCGGCGCCUGCUGCCUCCUGCAGGGGGCGCUGGGCAGUGAACCCUGAUAUGGUCUGCUGUUUAUUUAAUGUUCUAGUUCUGAUCGGACUGGGUCACCAGAACCGGUUUUAACAUUUUAAUUGAAUCGAAUUUUUGACCCUGAACCUCGUCUGGCAGGUUCUGACCAGAAUGGAUCAGAACCGGUUCCAUAUCUGAACCAGAACCUGAUCAGAACCACUGAGGGUCCCUCACCAUCAGAACCAGGACCUCCACCCUCUGUGACAUCACUUCUGGUUGUCCCUCCUGUAGAUCUGUUCGGGUUCUGAUCGGUGCUGAUUUGUGUUGUGUGAAGUAAGUGGAUCAGAACCAGACUGUGAUGUGCGAUCUGUCAGGACCUGGAGGUUUAAUCCAGAGAUGAACUCUGGCCACGUUGAGCUGUGAUAAAAUCAUUCAGCCUGUUGAGGUUGAAGUUUUUCAGAUUAAAGUUAGCGGUUUGGUUUCACAAGAGCCUGGAGCCCAGAACUGAACUGAUUUAUUUAAAGGGCCAGUAUCGUGUAAAAUCAACUGUUUUUAAUAUUAUAUUCAUGUUACAUUAUUAUUCCCUGGAGUGUUGCCUUGAUUCUUUCAUGAUUGAGAAAUCUAUUAAUCUCCAUGGCAACCGUCCAGCUGUUAAAAACGCCUGGGUGGCCCUAGCCCCACCUUCAAGGUGAAGCUCCUCCCCCUCUCAGCUCCUUCAGACUAGCCAGCAACAAUUAGCAAACAGGUGCUGAGCUCGUUAUAGGAGCUGCUGCUCAGAGCAGCGCUGGUAGAAACAUUAAAGGGUUAAUAGAGGAGCCAUGUUGGGACGACUUCCUGGAGGCGGAGCUCCAGACAGAGGCCCAAUUUCAAGAUAUAUCAGGAAGUAAAAGUUAUAUUUGACAUAUAUAGCAUUUUUAUAACAAUUGAAAGUAACAGAGUUACUUUAUUAAGCUAUAAAAUGUCUGUGGAAAUGGAUGAUGCUGGCCCUUUAAACUGGGUGAGCAGGUCCAGUUCCUCUGGUCAUCAUGCAGACUGUGUUUAGCCAGAGCAUCGUCUGCUAGCAUCAGCGCUGAAGCUGAACAGCAGAACUCAAAUCACCCGUUUCUGUUUCUCUAUAAAAUAAAAGUAUAUCGUUAA